AUGUUUUUAGUGGAGUAUCUGCUUUGUUUUAUUUUGGCUUUAGUGUUUUUUGGUGUUGUGGUCUUAAGUUUUGCUGUUGUACCUUAUCAGGGGGUUGUUUCUUUAGUGGGAAUCUCCUUUUUUUGUUGUGUUGCUAUGGUCGUAAUGGGUCGUACUUAUGCGGCAUUGGUGAUGUAUAUUGUGUAUUUGGGUGGGCUAGUCGUAGUUUUUGGUUAUUGUGUGAGUGUGGAAAAGGGUGAGGUGGUUGUUGGUGUUAGUGGGUUUUGAUAUUUUGUUGUGUUUUUGGGUGUAGCGGGGGUAGUGUGUAUGUUAAUAUUAGUUCUCGGGGGUGGUGGGCAAGGUUUAUUGGUUUAUUCGGGGUGGGAGGACUGGGUGUGUUUAGAGGUGAAUGGUUAUGGUGUUUUUUAUUGUGGGGGCGGGGUAGGGUUAGUGGUGUGUGCUUGAGGUUUAGUUGUGGCCUUGUUUUCUGUUUUGGUGGUUUUAGGUUGGACUCGGUUAGGUGGCUUCCGUCCUUUUAGG